AUGACGGGCGCUCCGCCAUACAACGCCCAGUCCCCGACUCAGCAGCAUCGGUUCCCUGCCUACGAGUCCCCGAACAAGAACCGCCCAUUUUAUCCCAACAAUGAGCAGCCGCCAGCCCAACAGCAACAGUACCCGCCACAGACACCCCCGGCCUUUGGUCCACCCUCCGUGGCGCGGAGUCCUCGCUUUUCGCACGCGUCUUCGCCGAUGCCUUCAUCGCUCCCUCCGGCCUUGAACGGCGCGGCGCCCCCGCCUCACCAACCUCAUGGAGAAGCAUCAUCACAAUACCAGGGCCAUUCGGCGCCUGGUUCUCAGCUUCCGCUGCCGCGUCCCUUCUCUAGCUCCGUACACCCGGGCAACGGCACUUCGCCCUACGGUCCCUCGACCCCCCACGGCCAUCCUACCAGCCGCCCAGACGGCCAUUCGCAGUCUCCCACCCGGGAAGCCGAGUCACCGUAUCAUGGAAGAGGCAAUGGAACUGGAUAUGGACCACCCAUGCAUCGGGAGUCAAGGCCAGCAUCCCCACCUCGGGAAUCUAAGCCCGCUCGAGCUGCCGAUCCCAUGUCUUUCGCCAGCAUUCUAUCCGGGCCAUCUGAUGAACAACCCGCGAAAAAGGCAUCACCUCCACCUUCCUCGAUCGCAACGCCUACGGCACAUACACCUUCACAUUACGAUCACCGGCGAGACCAAGGCCCAGUUCCCGGAACUUUCUAUCCCAAGUCGGAGAAAGGCCCGAAUAUGGAGAAACAUCACUUGGACCCUUCUAAGGGUCCGUUCGCUCCCAAUGGCUUUUCGCGGCCGGGAUCGGAUCAGCCGGCUAUCAUUCCACGACCGCCACUGCGGAAACCCCUUCCGCCGGGUGUCGAUGCUGAGCAGGUCAAUCGUGCUAUUGUCGAGAUCGACAAUGCUGAGAAAAGUGACGUCGAGGGACCCGGCUUCGAUGGGGAGCUGGAGCUGUAUCGGGAAAAGGGCAACAAGCGCUCCCUCGAGAGCAGUCGUGCUGAACAGGCUCGGCGAAAGCGACGUCGCAAUGCUUUCCUACUCGAUCUCGGUCGGUCCUUCGAGAAGCAGUCCAUUAUAGGAGCAGAGCGUUUCCGAUCGCUCAAUGAGGGUUCCGUCGUCGCCGAAGUUCAACAAAAGGAAAUCCAGGACGAAAAGGAACGCAAGAAGGACAUGCAGCGGAAGCGUCGCCGUGAAAAUACCGUGCGCUUGGAAAUGCAGAAGAAGCUCGAAGCUGAGCGCAAGGCAGACAAGGCCCUGGACUCGGCAGAGAAGGCCAAGUUCCUUCGCGAAGCCGAAAGAGCUCAUAAGAAAAUCAAGUCCACCAAGCGCGCUCUGGAGGGUGGGAAUGCCCAGGACGAGCUUGGCGAGGUCACUCCCUUGGCUCCUAAUUACGAAGGUGGCAUCACUAGCUCGUUCCAUAUCGGUCGGUCGUCUCCCUCGCGCCGCAGAUCUGGACGCGGUGGUCCUGUUACACGCCCGAAGAAGUCCAGAGAGCAGAAGCAGGCCGAGAAGGAUGCCGCUGAAGCGGCUUACAUGGCCGGACUUGAUGACGACUAUUAUACUCCUCGCGACUCUCGACUUUCCAAGGAGGGCACUCCCGUUCCAUUGCACUACGACAGCAAGGGCUACAAUCAGAUAUACGAGCAAAUCUGGCGUGAUAUUGCCCGCAAGGACAUCCCCAAGGUCUAUCGCAUCAAGACCACGUCGCUUUCCACCCGUCAAGAGAACCUGCGUAAAACCGCCCAGCUGGCUAGCAAGCAGUCUCGCAAGUGGCAAGAGCGUACCAACAAGAGCACGAAGGAUACGCAAGCCCGUGCUAAGCGUACCAUGCGUGAGAUGAUGUCCUUCUGGAAGCGUAACGAGCGUGAGGAGCGUGACUUGCGCCGUUUGGCAGAGAAGCAAGAACUCGAGUCGGCGAAGAAGGCAGAAGCAGAGCGCGAAUCAAACCGGCAGAAGCGCAAGCUCAACUUCCUUAUCUCUCAGACCGAGCUUUACUCUCACUUCAUCGGUCGGAAGAUCAAGACGGCGGAAGCCGAAGCUGGAGAUGGUGUCACUGCUGUCGCUACGAGGCAAACCGCUCAGCCGAAUAUCCCCAAUGCCGACCCGAAUGGAAAGGUCACCAACUUCGAGGAUCUCGACUUCGAUGCUGACGAUGAGACUGCUCUACAGCAGGCUGCCAUGGCAAAUGCACAGAACGCUGUGCAGCAAGCCCAGGACCGCGCCCGUGCCUUCAACCAGGAGCAAGGCGGAGAUAAUAUGGCGGCCUUUGAUGAAGGCGAGAUGAACUUCCAGAACCCGACCAGUCUGGGAGACAUCGAAAUCUCCCAGCCGUCCAUGUUGACUGCCAAGUUGAAGGAGUACCAGCUGAAGGGUCUCAAUUGGCUCGUCAACUUAUACGAGCAGGGCAUCAACGGUAUUCUGGCAGACGAGAUGGGUCUCGGUAAGACCAUCCAGUCUAUUUCCGUCAUGGCAUAUCUGGCCGAGUUCCACAACAUCUGGGGUCCGUUCCUGGUAAUUGCGCCCGCGUCAACACUGCACAACUGGCAGCAGGAGAUCGCCAAGUUCGUCCCGGAUAUCAAGGUUCUACCUUACUGGGGUAACGCGAAGGACCGUAAGAUCCUUCGCAAGUUCUGGGACCGUAAGCAUAUCACCUACAACCGCGAGUCCGAGUUCCACGUGCUCGUGACCUCUUACCAGCUCGUUGUACUCGAUGCGCAGUAUUUCCAGAAGAUCAAGUGGCAGUACAUGAUUCUGGAUGAGGCUCAAGCCAUCAAAUCGUCUCAGAGUUCUCGGUGGAAGAAUCUAUUGAACUUCUCUUGCCGUAACCGUCUGCUGUUGACAGGUACUCCGAUUCAGAACAACAUGCAAGAGCUGUGGGCCUUGUUGCAUUUCAUCAUGCCUACAUUGUUCGAUUCUCACGACGAGUUUAGCGAGUGGUUCUCCAAGGACAUCGAAUCUCAUGCUCAGAGUAACACCAAGCUCAACGAGGACCAGCUCAAGCGUCUCCAUAUGAUCUUGAAGCCCUUCAUGCUUCGUCGUGUGAAAAAGAAUGUGCAACAGGAACUUGGCGAUAAGGUCGAGAAGGACGUCUUCUGUGACCUGACCUACCGCCAGCGUGCAAUAUACGCAAACCUUCGGAACCGUGUCAGCAUUAUUGAUAUUCUCGAGAAGGCGGCUGUCGGUGACGAUGCCGAUACCACAACUCUGAUGAACCUGGUCAUGCAGUUCCGUAAGGUCUGCAACCACCCCGAUCUGUUUGAGCGUGCAGAGACCAAGUCUCCAUUUUCAGCCGCAACCUUUGCGGAGUGUGCCUCCUUUGUCCGAGAAGGCUACUUUGUCGACGUCCGCUAUUCGACCAAGAACACAAUCGAAUAUGAACUGCCGCGUCUCCUCUGCAGUUCGGCGGCUCGCGUCGAUAUGCCUGGCCCCGACAACAACCGUGCUGGGUUCCGGAACAAGUACCUCUCACACAUGAUGAACGUAUGGACACCGGAAAACAUCCAGCGAAGCGCUCGCGAGAACGGAGCAUUCUCCUUCUUGCGAUUCAUUGACACGUCCGCUGGCGAAGCCAGCGAGUUGUCCCGCCUUGGCCCUUACGAGCGUGCAGCCCGCAAGCUUGGCCAGUCAAACCGCCUCUCUUCUCUCAAUGUUGUCUACGAUGAUGAGAAUGCAGGUGCCAAUUCAGUGUUGCCGCAUUCCAUGUUCAACAUUGUGGACCGUGACGAUCGCCAAGCCCUUCGCGAUAUCACCACCGAAGGUCGGAUGCGCAAGCUGAUGAACGUGUCACGCUCAUCAUUCGAGGGUCAAGGUCUCCAUCAAAUCGAGCCUUGUGCCGUCCCCGCCGCCUCAGCACCGCCGAUCACCCUCUCCUGCUCCGGUCAAGAGGCAUACCGCGAAGCUCAAAAGACCCUGUUUAACCCAGACUUGCGGCAGACACUUUACAAUCCUCCUUCCAGGCAACUCGAGGAGCAGAUUCUCAUGAAAAAGCUCGACCCUGUGCCAUACUCCAAACCGCCAAUGCUACCGCCGCCGAUCUCUCAACGAGCCCGCUACACCAACAUCGAAGUCCCGUCUAUGCGGCGCUUCGUCACGGAUUCUGGCAAAUUGGCCAAGCUGGACGAGUUGCUCCGGGAACUCAAGCCCGGUGGACAUCGUGUUCUGUUGUACUUCCAGAUGACGCGCAUGAUCGACUUGAUGGAGGAGUACCUGACCUACCGAAACUACAAGUACUGCCGUCUGGACGGAAGCACAAAGCUCGAGGAUCGUCGCGAUACUGUCGCAGACUUCCAGCAGAACCCCGAGAUCUUCGUGUUCUUGCUUUCCACUCGCGCUGGUGGUCUCGGUAUCAACUUGACGGCUGCCGACACCGUCAUCUUCUAUGACUCUGAUUGGAACCCGACAAUCGACUCGCAGGCCAUGGACCGUGCUCAUCGUCUGGGUCAGACCAGACAAGUCACAGUCUACCGACUCAUCACCCGCGGUACGAUCGAAGAGCGGAUCCGUAAGCGUGCCUUGCAGAAGGAAGAGGUGCAGCGCGUCGUCAUCACCGGUGGCGCCUCUGGCGGUGUCGAUUUCAACACCCGCGCCCGUGAGAACCGCACCAAGGAUAUUGCCAUGUGGCUCGCCGACGAUGACGAGGCCGAGAUGCUCGAGCAAAAGGAGAAGGAGGCGCUUGAGCGUGGCGAGACUCUUGGUGGAGCUCCCAAGGGCGGCAAGAAGGCUGCUGCCGCAAAGAGGAAGCGUGAUCUCACUCUGGACGACAUGUACCACGAAGGCGAGGGCAACUUCGACGACGCCAGCGCAAAACAAUCAGGCGCCGCCACACCAAUGUCAGAAAACGUGGAGACUCCACCAGUCCCGGCCAAACGAGGCCGAGGCCGUGGUCCCGGCAAAGGCACCUCCAAGCGCGCCAAGACAAUGAAAGAGCGCCUUCGUCUGAUCGACGGUGACGGCGGACUAAAUUAA